UUUUGUUUUCCUGCAUUUUUUUUUCGUCCUUUUGGACAUUUUCAUUGUUUGAUUGAUAUUUAGUGACUCUUUUGAAUUUUUCUUUUAUGCGUUGUCUCCUUUCAUAGAUCUUUUCUUCUGUACAAAAUUUCCACUGUCUUUUACCUAACCCGCCCAAUGUUCAAAAGCAGAAAAAAGAAACAAGUAGCCACCAAUCCGCCAGUGACCAAGGAUAUGAAACCACAGGAACUCUCCACCACCUACCGCCCGCUCGAUGAGAUUCCCAUGGCGCGUGAUUUCAGAACGUCGGUCAUCGUCCCUCAACUCAGUCAAGAAAUGCCGUGUCCACCGAGUAUCAUGAUUCACCAUGAUGGCACUCAUCGUGAUGACUCCAUGCCACCUCUGACCAAAACCAUGCUCGAUACCACACCGUGUCUUGAUUUGGUCUCUCAAUCUUUGGAUACCACCGAUGGCAACUCCCACUAUGCCGAUCUGGCGGCGUGGCGAUCACAGCGUCACCAUCGGUUUUCCAAUGGUUUAUUUGGUGGCAAGCAGCGUGAUAAUGCAGCAAGGAUAAUCAAAUCAAAGAAAGUUGAAUCCGCUCAAAAGACUCAGGAGACCAUCGCUGUGACCGAGGAUGAAAACAAACAUACCGAUACCGUCGAAUUGGGUCUCAUCGAUGAUCCUGUCUCUAUGCAACUCUCACCGGCCUCUUCUUCUACACCUUCCACUGCAUAUUCGGACGACGAUGACGACGAUGAUGAAACUGAGGAAGAUCUUUUGGAUCACACCAUUCGAUACGAGGAUUGCGAUGAUCUUUCUGAUACCGACGAAAACUUCUUUCUGAAAGACUUUGCCGCUGAAUCGGUCGAACCAACCAGCGAAAAGGCCCGCCGGCGUCGUUCAAAAGCUUGCAGCACACGCCACCGUUCCACCAAGGCCAUGAGUCGAUUUGAUCUCGCCAAUUUCGCACGUCAGUUGCACGAAAAUCGAUUGUCCGUCAUGCAAUCGCGUCAAAGUCACAUCGUUUUAACCGAAGAAGAUGAAAGAGAACUCGACAACUUGCUAGCCCAGCAGCGCAUCAGGGACACAGAUAAAGAGACCGCUCCUUUCAAUGUACCACCUGUACCACCCAUCCCACCCAUGCCGGUGGAGGAGGAUCCACUUCCGCAUCAGGCAUCCUCCACGGACCAAGACGCACCGGGGCCUGCCGUCACACCUGUGAACCCACGAUCCUCGAUUUUUCUCGAAAAGCUCUUUCUGUCCGAACAUGACUUGCAGGAUCACAUUACAGAAACAUGUGGAGAAUCCUUGCCACAAGAACCCACGGAAAUUCAUUCAUCACCGGUGGAUCUUGCUCCUACUGACACAAAAGUUGCUGAGAAUGAUGACUUGGUCGAGGUCCCUGAAACGUCACUUUCGCGUGUCAAAGGUGUCUCGUCACUGCGAUACCCGUCUUCCCGUAAAACAGAGAAUGAGACAAACCAAGUGAAGCGAUCCCGAUCGACCACCGAAACUGAAAAGGUUAAAAAUGUCUCAUUUUUAUCAUCCUUGACGCCAUCGAAAACAAUCGUGGAUGAAAUUCCUGAAAUUCCAGAAGAACCUUCCGUACUUGAACGCCGAUCCAUUCGAAAGUCCAUGAGCACGAAUACGUUUCCUGUCCCAGCAGCUGCCAUGGAAUUGUCUGCUAAAAUCGAAAUUGACGACAAUGACACUCUCGUUGCUCAAACCCCUACUUCCGCCACGGACCUUAACCAAAGUACCUGCAAGCCCAAAUCAGGGUCCAAAAGCACAACCUUGUCAUCCAAAUCAUGGAAAAGCACAUUAUCCCUAGGUUCCCCACCCUCUAAAUCAUUGAGUACCAAACUAUCCAAGCAACAACAACAGCAGCAACAAAAGGAACACCAAAAGCAACAACAGAGCACGGCAGCGCCAAAAGAACCGAGUCGAUCCCUGGGGCUCUUUAAUAGCCUGCGUCAAGCAAGUCGUACCCGUUCCCUUUCAGGUACAUCGCCGUUUAAAGGACUCGUUCGCAAUUUGAGCAGCGCAGGAUCGCUUCGCCAACCUUCUUUAGCGUCGACCAAGGAUUCACCCACCAUGUCGCGGGCGGCUCGGGCGGUGAUUCAGCAUAACAUUGAACAACAUGAACAGAGACGAUUGGAGAAACGGAAAACUGAACAAACCCAAGCCAAGGCUAACUCUACGGACAUCCAAUCUCCUCGAGCCACGACGUCCUCUGUUGCAGAUCAAACCAAAUUGGUUGAAGGUACCACUUCUGGGCCUGGUUCAUCCGAAAAGGCAGGCGUACGAUUACUGUCUCAGUUACUCGCCAAAGCCGCGAAAUCCAGCCGUCGAACAACCAAGACGGUAAAUAUGCAUCACGAACAAGCGGCUGGUCCCAACGGAAAGAACUCGCGAGCUCAGGUGGUGCGACGCACGAUCAUCUAUGUCCAACCGGAUUCACUGAAUUUCCUGAAAAAUGCUGUUGCCAAUGCACCUCCUGUACCGUCCUUGAAAACGGAGGCCGCGGAAAAAACAGAUGCACCUUUGAUCGGUCGUCGUCGUCAGUCCAACGGAACCGACAUUUCUCCCAAAUCCAUCGCCAGCGAUCAGUCUCAGGAAUAUGCCACCGCCACCAAAAUUGUCCGUCAAACCUCGGUCCGUAAGCGGCUCGUUGAGACGACCGAAUCCGAUCCCCAAGAUGGACCGGACCCGGCCUCGAACCUUUCUCGUCAAGGCUCCAAGAAAAAAUGGCGACUUGAAAGUAUGGACGAACCGUCUUCCACUACUAACCCAAGCGCAAACGAGGUCCAGGAUGAUGACAGUGUGUAUGAUUACUACCGUCACCAUCACGAGAGUCAGUACCUUCAGGGAUUGGAACUUCGCGAAAUGAGUGAUGGGACCGUCAUUUGGGGUAUUGUGAAAAAACAAGGCAACCGCAAGAGUUUCUUUUCUCCGCAACUGGACAAUCAUGCCUCCGACCAAGCCAGUCAUGACACUAAGGACGACAAGAACAACAAAGGGUCGACGUCUUCCCAUCCCUUCUCUACAUGGACCACUACCUCACCGAGUCGACGUCGCUUUGUCCAAGAAGAGGAAGAAGAAGAAGAAGAUAAUGAACAAAUCGAAGCGCGAGUGCUGGCACUGAUGGGUCUGAGACCUGGCAGCUUGGAUGACCAUGCGUCUUCUCUUUCGCUCAACCCCUCUUCCACUGCCGCUCCUACCACCGCAACAGCCACCGCAACAGCUACAGCAGCACUACCCCCACCUAUUCCACGACGAUCGCCUCAACGGCAGAUACCCAACGCACGAUCGACCAUGGAUCAUCGUGCCAAACACAUUUCCACUAUUGCUUCUCGUCACACAGCUACAACUACGGACAUUUAUUACGCUCCCGAAAUGACCCUUCCCAAUUUAUUACAAAUGGUCACCAAUACCCAGGGACCUCACGGUGAUGUGGAGGAUGGUUCUACUUUGCCCAACCCUAAAAAGUUAUCGGUCGAAGAACAAUUGGAUGAAAUGAUGCGAUCUUUUGCCAGCAGCAGUAGUGGUGAAGAUGAAGACGAGGCAUCAUGAUGGGAUAGAACAAACAAUGAAAAAACCAACAUCAAGUCAACCAAUGAUUACCCUCAAAAAAGAAUCCAUCGUAUUCUAUUUCUCUCUCACUCUUUAGAUAUAUAAAAUAUAAUAAUCCCUUGUUUAUUUGACAUACGUAAUUAAAAGAAAAAAAUAAGGUGCCAACAACUGUCAUUGGACGGUCGUUCAUCUAUAUCGGCGAAAUUACAGUAACAACCGUGGCGAAGAAAAAAAAAAGCAGCAAAUCCAGGAUUUCCCAG